AUGUCUGCAAAGAUUUUGCACUCUCUAACAGAUGAAAGCCCAGAUUUCCAUAAGCAAAUUGGGUGCAUGAGUGGAAUUUUUCAGCUCUUUGAUCGCCACCAUUUCCCCGCCGGCCGGCGUAUCAAUGGCAACAGCCACAAGAGACUUCCUCCAGGUGAGAAUGGCAACCACGCAGUAGAGUCCAAGAACACGUUGCAGAAAGCUACAGAUAAAAAUCGAAAAAAGGUGGUGAAAGAGAAACACAGAAACUCCACAGAAUCAUCAAGAACUACUGUUUCUUCUUCUUCUUGUUCAUCUAGCUUCUCAUCCCUUGAAUUUAAAAAAGCAGCUGAGCAAGAACCAUCUUUGUCCAGCCAAACCAUUUCAAAUGAGGAACACACUCGGGACCUAUCCAUGAACCAACCAAAUGCUUCAAUGCACCUGCGCCGGCAAUCCUUUGAUAUGCAAGAUCUUGUCAAAGACUCGACCUACAGAGAAGCCCGAGGCAUUUCAGUUAAACCUGCUGGUAAAGAUGGAGUCGGUCAUACAUUGAAAUACAUAGACUCUCCCAGGCCUUCAUCACAACCAAAAUUUGUAAAGCCAAGGGUUUCUGGCGUUAAUGACUCAUUUCAAGCUCCUGCUAAGCUUCGGCAAGCACCUUGGAGUUCCAAUGAAGAGAAGGAUGGUUGCAUGCGCUUGGUACCAAAAGAUGCUAGGAGGUUCUCUUAUGAUGGAAGAGAAACGCGAGAUACAUCAAAAUCCACCAUAAAACUGAAAGAACUCCCAAGGCUUUCUUUGGACAGCAAAGAACGUUCCAUAAGGAGGGGUUGUAAUCCAGAAAUAAAAUCAAACUACUUCUGCAAGGAUCUGCAGAGGGAGGAUGGGAACUGCAAUAAAGUGCUUGACCUGCAGCUUGAACCUGGAAGUUCUAACAGACCAUCUAAUGUUGUUGCAAAGUUGAUGGGACUGGAUCUGUCAGAUUCAGUGUCAACCACUGUUAGUCCAUUAAGGUUGAUUAAUACCUGCAUAUCUGAUAGAUCAGACCCCUUCUCCAGAUCUUCAAGAGCAACCAACGAAAACAAGCCAGAUCUUUUGUCUGGGGUAUUCCUUGGGAAAACACAGAAAGACUUCACCUCCCCCAAGAGGAGAAGUACUGAUUCAGUCAUGAAGCCGGCCUCAAAUUCUAAGUUUCCAAUAGAAACAGCUCCUUGGAGGCAGCCCCAUGGAAGCAAAGGUUCUCAGCGAUCAGCUUCCAAGUAUCAAGAAGAACCUAUAAAAACCCCAAAAUCAGCAUCUUCAGUAUAUGGUGAAAUGGAGAAAAGGCUAGCAAAUCUUGAGUUUAAAAAAUCAGGAAAGGAUCUCAGAGCUCUGAAGCAAAUACUUGAAGCAAUGCAGAAAACUGAAGAAAUGUUAGAUGACAGAAAGGAUCAAGCUUCAAAUGUUGCAUCUCAAAUAAGCAACAAAAGCAUUUUUUCUGACAGCAGAGAAUCAGCAAGCCAGAGAAAUCUACAAAGCAACAUGUCAGUUCCUGCCAAAGCCAAGGGUUCCCAAUCUCCAAAGAGUCAUAAGUCACCGAUCAUCAUGAAACCAGCUAAACUCAUCGAGAAAACCCACAGCUCUGCUUCCACAGUGAAUUCCAUGGACGACACAUUAGGUCUUCGGAGGCUUCGAACUAGUGACCCUGAAACCAAAGGUGUCCCAAAAUAUGAGGGAAGCGAUCCCCACCAUCUCAAGUAG